CAUCACCAAUGCUUUUGCGAGUCAUCAAGCCCGUGUGCUUGCACCCCACCACCACCGACACCGACACCGCCAACAGCUAUGAAUAAGUCAGGGAAAGACGUCGGACCACUAUGUUUGUCUGACGGUGAUUGCAAACAAUUUUGUCGUCCGAAGAAAGGUGUUUGCAACAUAGAUUUCGAGACAUGUAUUU